UUCCACUAGGCCACGCUGCUUCUCUUUGUCCACAGAGCGGGUGCGCGCGGGGAGCCCGGCAUGAAGCUGAAGAAGCAGGUGACGGUGUGUGGGGCCGCCAUCUUCUGCGUGGCCGUCUUCUCCCUCUACCUCAUGCUGGACCGGGUGCAGCAUGACCCCGCUCGGCACCAGAACGGCGGCAACUUCCCCCGACAGAGCCAGAUCUCGGUGCUGCAGAACCGCAUCGAGCAGCUGGAGCAGCUGCUGGAGGAAAACCACGAGAUCAUCAGCCACAUCAAGGACUCGGUGCUGGAGCUGACGGCCAACGCCGAGGACCCCCCGGCCCAGCCCCCGGUCCAGCCCCCCGCCCGGCCGCCCUUCCGCGUGCUCAACGGCUCCUGGGGGCUGCCGCCCGAGCCCCGGCCCAGCUUCCUCUCCAUCGCCCCCCAGGACUGCCAGUUCGCCCUGGGGGGCCGGGGCCCGAAGGCGGAGCUGCAGAUGCUGGCCGUGUCGGAGGAGCUGCCCUUUGACAACGUGGACGGGGGCGUGUGGAAGCAGGGCUUCGACAUCCCGUACAGCCCCCACGACUGGGACUCUGAGAUCCUGCAGGUGUUCGUGGUGCCCCACUCGCACAAUGACCCAGGCUGGAUCAAGACCUUCGACAAGUACUACGUGGAGCAGACCCAGCACAUCCUGAACAGCAUGGUGCUCAAGCUUCAGGAGGAUCCCCGCCGACGCUUCCUCUGGGCAGAGGUGUCCUUCUUCGCCAAGUGGUGGGACAAUAUCAACGCGCAGAAGCGGGCGGCCGUGCGCAGACUGGUGGGGAACGGUCAGCUGGAGAUGGCCACCGGAGGCUGGGUCAUGCCGGACGAAGCCAACUCCCACUACUUUGCGCUCAUCGACCAACUCAUCGAGGGACACCAGUGGCUCGAGAAGAACCUGGGAGUGACCCCUCGGUCCGGCUGGGCCGUGGACCCCUUCGGACACAGCUCGACCAUGCCCUACCUGCUGCGCCGCUCCAACCUGACCAGCAUGCUCAUCCAGAGGGUCCACUACGCUGUCAAGAAGCACUUCGCCGCCACCCACAGCCUGGAGUUCAUGUGGCGACAGACGUGGGACCCAGACUCCGGCACGGACAUCUUCUGCCACAUGAUGCCCUUCUACAGCUACGACGUGCCCCACACCUGCGGCCCCGACCCGAAGAUCUGCUGCCAGUUUGACUUCAAGAGGCUGCCCGGCGGGCGGAUCAACUGCCCGUGGAAGGUGCCGCCCCGGGCCAUCACAGAGGCCAAUGUGGCGGAGAGGGCGGCCCUGCUCCUGGACCAGUACCGCAAGAAGUCCCGGCUGUUCCGCAGUAACGUGCUGCUGGUGCCGCUGGGGGACGACUUCCGCUACGACAAGCCCCAGGAGUGGGACGCCCAGUUCUUCAACUACCAGCGCCUCUUCGACUUCCUCAACGGACAGCCCGGCCUCCGUGUCCAGGCCCAGUUCGGCACGCUGUCCGACUACUUCGACGCUCUGUACAAGAGGACUGGGGUGGAGCCCGGAGCCCGGCCCCCCGGCUUCCCCGUGCUGAGCGGGGAUUUCUUCUCCUACGCUGACCGGGAGGACCACUACUGGACCGGCUACUACACCUCGCGGCCCUUCUACAAGAGCCUGGACCGCGUGCUGGAGGCUCACCUGCGGGGGGCGGAGAUCCUGUUCAGCCUGGCCAGCGCCUACGCCCGACGCUCGGGCCCCGCCGGUAGCCGCUACCCGCUGUCCGACUACGCCUCGCUGACCGACGCCCGGCGUGCCCUGGGGCUCUUCCAGCAUCACGACGCCAUCACGGGCACCGCCAAGGAGGCUGUGGCGGCCGACUACGGCGUCAGGCUCCUGCGCGCCCUGGUCAGUCUCAAACGGGUCAUCGUCAAUGCCGCCCAUUACCUGGUGCUGGCGGACAAAGACACGUACCACUUCGACCCGGACGUGCCCUUCCUCAGCUCGGACGACACCCGCUCGAACCACGACGCUCUGCCCGAGAGGACCGUGAUCCGCCUCGACUCUGCCCCGCGGUUUGUGGUGCUGUUCAACCCGCUGGACCAGGAGCGUCUGUGCCUGGUGUCUCUGCUCGUGACCUCCCCCUAUGUACGGGUCCUGUCCGAGGACGGCCGGCCCUUGGCAGUCCAGCUCAGCGCCCACUGGGCCUCGGCCACCAACAUGGUGCCCGGCAUCUACCAGGUAUCCGUGCCAGCCCGCCUGCCCGCCCUGGGCCUCAGCGUCCUGCAGCUGCUCCCGGGCAGAGACGGACAGCGCACACUGCCCUCGUCGGUGCACGUCUACCUGCAUGGCCGCCGGCUGCCGGUCAGCGACCACGAGGCCUUCUCGGUCAGGGUCAGCGAGGCCGCGGACGGCGAUUUCGCCCUGAGCAACCGCUACAUGCAGGUCUGGUUCUCCGGACGCACCGGGCUCCUGAAGAGCGUCAGACGACUGGACGAGGAGCGGGAGCAGCGGGUGGGCGUGGAGUUGGUCGUGUACGGCACCCGCGCCUCCAAGGACAAGAGCGGGGCCUACCUCUUCCUCCCCGACGGCGAGGCCAAGCCCUACACCCCCAAGGAUCCCCCCGUGCUGCGGGUGACCGAGGGCCCCUUCUUCUCCGAGGUGGCCGCCUACUACCAGCACGUGCAGCAGGCGGUCCGGCUCUACAACCUGCCAGGGCCGGAGGGACUGUCCCUAGACGUCUCCUUCCUGGUGGACAUCCGCGACCACGUCAACAAGGAGCUGGCCCUGCGCAUCCAGACGGACAUCGAGAGCGACGGAGCCUUCUUCACCGACCUCAAUGGCUUCCAGGUGCAGCCCCGCCGAUACCUGAAGAAGCUGCCCCUCCAGGCCAACUUCUACCCCAUGCCCGUGAUGGCCUACAUCCAGGACCGUCACAACCGCCUCACCCUGCACACCGCCCAGGCCCUCGGGGUGUCCAGCCUGGCCAGCGGCCAGCUGGAGGUAAUCCUGGAUCGGCGGCUGAUGCAGGACGAUAACCGGGGUCUGGGCCAGGGCCUGAAGGACAACAAGCCCACCUGCAACCGCUUCCGCCUGCUGCUGGAGCGCCGCACGGCCUCUGCCAAGUCCCCCGGCUUUCUCUCCCACCUGGCCUGCAUGCUCAGGAGUCUGGCCUCUCGCGGCAGCUGCGGCCAAGAGGUGUCAGACAGCCGCCCCACCAGCUUCCCGUCUCUGCUGAGCCACCUGAGCUCCAUGCACCUGAACACUCCGGUGCUGGCCCUGCCCGUGGCCGCGGAUCGGCCGGCCGGCUCCACCCUGCGCUCCUUCCACCCCUUCACCUCCGCCCUACCCUGCGACGUGCACCUGCUCAACCUGAGAACUCUCCAGGGCGAGGACGACACCCUGCCCUCCACCGACGCCGCCCUCAUCCUCCACCGCAAGGGCUUCGACUGCGGGCUGGAGGCCAAGAACCUGGGCUUCAACUGCACCACGAGCCAGGGCAAGGUGGCCCUGGGGAGCCUGUUCCGAGGCUUGGACGUGACCUCCCUGCAGCCCACCUCGCUGACCCUGCUGUACGCUCUGGCCUCGCCCUCCAACGGCACCGACGUCCACCUGGACCCCAUGGAGAUCGCUACCUUCCGGCUCCGCCUGGGCUAGUGUCCCCCCGGGACCGUCGGGGAUCCCUCCCACGUGGCGAAGAUCGCCGCCCCACCCUGCCGCGGCCGGUGGGCCGGAAGCCCCCCCCCCCCCAGCUUCCCCCCAAGGGACGGGCCGGGCCUUGCCCCCUGUUCUCUGUUUAUUGUUGCUUCGGUGUUGGAGGGCCCCCCGGGGGCCGGGCCCGGGCUUCGGGGGCCGGGGCCGCGGUGGUCGGUCCCUGGGCGGGGGAGCCGCCGGCGUGGCAGUGUGAGGUGUAGGGAUGCAGGAAACGGUGCCCUCCCUUCUGGCUGCUGACUUGCAGUACGAGGAGAUGCCCAGACCAGCAUGGGCUCAGGAAGAGCGGCAGGCCCGAGGACCGCCGCCCCCUGCUUUGGUGGGGCGGGGACUUGAGGGGCGAGGCGGGGCCCGUCCGUCUCUGCUCCUGCCCCCCCCCCCAAGGGCCCCCAGAGGGGAGGGGGCCGUCACGGAGCUCCCCACCACCACCACCACCUUCUGCAAGGCAGAGCUGACCACCUCUCCGGCUCCAAAGGAAACCCCUCGAGAGGGCUCAGUGUGUGUCCAGAGUGGGGCAGGCGUUUGGCACCGGACCUGGGUCUGUGGCAGCCGCUGCUGGUUUCGCCCCCGGGGCCGGGUGCAGAGGAGAGCGGCGGGGAGGACUCUGGGUGGAAAUGGAGGCGGGGACUGUGGCCGUGUGCCCACCACACCCAUGUGAACAAAAUUCCAUUGGAAACUCAA